AUGAAAGGCCUUCUGCUCCCAGUACUUGUUGUUCAUCUUGCUUUUGGGCUUGAGAUCCAGUUGGAAAAAGCAUCACGAGGGGACUUCUACGCCUACGUGGGGAACAUCUCAGUUGGAGAACAACAAUUCUCCGUAGUCUUUGAUACAACCGUCUCUGCUUUGUGGAUUCCAAAUCAAUCAUGCCCCAAGGACCUUUGCGAAAAGAAGAGCACGCUUGACCCUUAUACGAGGGGUCUAAAUCAGUGUAAGUGAAAGGCACAAUCUCGCGUUUUAAGCCGUAUUUUUUAAAAUCGUAUUUUAAUUCUCACAUAUUCUGAAUCAGAAAAAAAUUUUUUGAUAUAUGUUUCGACUUGUAACUCCAUACCCCAUAGAAGCGCUUUCGUUGUAAAAUAAAACGGUUUUUAGGCUUUGGCUAUAUCGAUGUUCCAUUCCAAGGAGACCAAAUUUCCGCCGACUGCUAUAGCGGCCCCAUCAAAAUAAAACAACUCGAACCCGCUAACAUUACGUCUCCAUAUGUCAUGUUUGGUCUCGCCGACCGAUUCCCGUCGUCCUACAAAGAUUUCCCGUACGACGGAGUCUUUGGAAUAGGCCCUGGAAAAGAAGGAUAUAUCCUAGAGUCUCCCCUCCGUUCACUAAUCCCUCGGAGCCAGAACAGAGACUAUACGUUCACAACGCUCAAGAUUUCCCGACCGGCUUCGCACAAGACUCCGGAUCAAAACAAAAGCUCAGUCAUUGUUGGGUCUUACUUUGAUCAUUGCGAAUACGUUCGGCCUUUCCACACGCUUCGAGUACACACCGAAGGAUGGGAGUUCAGAGUGGAUCGACUUAGUGCCGGUCACAGAACUAUUAAUGGAUCCUGGAAAGUAAGUGUCGGAGUGGAACUGUUUGUAGCCACGUCCCGACUUUUCGGGUUGACGACUGUUCUGGUCAACCAAUACAAAAUCGAUCUAUACGGGGCGUAGAGCUGCUGAAUAUCCAAAAAAAGGUUGUAGGAAGUGCCCAUGAGGUCUGGCAAUGCCGGUGGAUUGUCCGCUGACGCCCGGCGAAGGCAUGGCAGAGGCUUGACGAAGACUUGCACUAUGUCCACUUUUAAUAAUUUUAGCUAUUACUAGCGUUAGUUUUCUUUAUCCAGUACCCGAUCAAUCUUAUUGUUUCUACUAACUAAGGCGUUUCCAAGCCUCCCCAUGCAUGCAACGACGAAUCGAGGCGAUCCCUAGCAUAUUUGCCCAUCCGCAGAGGAAAAGCUGCAUAAAUUCGUCAAAGGACGAGACAUUUUACCCCUCAGAUGGCGACAAUCCAAGCAAUAGCGCUAGAAUUAUGUCCAGAGUAUAAAAAAGUAAAAAUAACACAAUAUUCCGCAUAAAAACAACAAAGUAUUCUUUAACGUUAUCAAGAAAACUUUUCUUGUGAGAAAAAUAUAUUUUUCUCCUGAAACGGAACGCCAAGAUCAAGAAGGAUCAGGGAAGAUUCGCACUUGAAGAUUUUUUUCGAUAUUCCGGCCCUUUUCUCGGCGGAUUCUGCAAAGCGCAAGGUAGGAUGCUCGAAAUCGAAUAAGAAAAUUCCAAUCUUCAGCUAUGCCGAUUUUUAUCUAAAUCUGAGCGUCGCACCUCAAGUAAUUCCCUUUUUAGUAGAAGUAGGAGCUUGUAGGAAAGUAAUAUAAAGUGGCUAUGGGUGUUCGUCGCGGACGAGUCCCCGCACCCUAUCUUAUCUUUAUAGCUUAUAAACAGUCAGUACGUCGAGAAGGGGACGAAACUCCCUGUUUUAUUACAGGUUUCUACUUUAGAAUGUAGUAUCAUCUGUACUAGACCAUGUAGUGCAGAAGAGUUAGCAAAAGUAUAGCAGUACUUUUAGGUUUAGGGUUUUAGGUAAACUUUGUGUUUUUAGGUAACAUUUUAGUGUUUUUGGUAGCAUCUCAUUCCAUUAUGUUUUAUACAGUUUAAAAUUAACAUGAACAAUUGUUUGCAGGCGGGUCUCGACAUCAACACUGACUUUAUCCACUUGCCGAGCCGCGUUUUUCAACUCCUUGUAAGAGAGUUGGGCGCAAAGAAUGUGGAUGGAAAAUUGUCUGUUCGCUGCACUGUUAAUUCCAAAGUUAGCAUCAAUAUCGAAGGCAUUGACUACAGAAUUCCAAUCGACGAUUUGAUGGAAGUAACCGCGGGUGAGCAAUGUAUCCUGAAGAUCAAAGAGAACAAGUCAGAAAACGGAUGGGCCUUCAGGAUUGGGACACCCUUCCUCUACAGUAGAUGCGCUGUCUUGGAUCAUCGUUACUUCGAAUACAGAUCUAUCGGAUUCCCGGUUAAAACCAGAGAGAAAAGCGAACUGAAUUAA